UCUGUUACAGUGAUUGUGCAAUUGCAAUGGAGCUCUCAGAAGAAUGGAAAUCAUUCUUCCCAGUGGGUUCCUCUACAGUAGCUCCUCUUCUUCUCUCCGGUUCCCCUUCUCUCCCUUUGGGUCCUCUUCUCUUCAACCCUAACCCUAAUUCGCUCUCCCUUAUCUUCUCUUCCACCUCUCUGCAACCCUCUCUUCACUACACUCCAUACCUCUUACCUUCACGAUUCCUUCUCUCUUCCCACCCUUCUUCCAUUCUCCCAUCCACCGCUUCCUCCAUCACCUCCCUCUUCUCCAUCCAACAAAACGAUGCCUCUUCCCCCUUCCUCCGCAACCGCCUCCACCUCCUCACCUACCCCCAUCGCCCUUAUGCCCUCAUUUUAUUUCCCACCGGCGACAACGACCACAAGCUCGCAUUUUUCACGCUCCGCUUCGAGGACUCUCGCUUCCAUACUCAGCUCGACACUAAUGGCGACGUUUUUUAUGCGUCUACUGGUUCCUCGCACCGUAUCUUGAACAUUUCUGUCAACCCUGUUACUGAUUAUGACGAGGCUGAUGGAGUUAUCGGGUAUUUUUUGGCUACUACUCUGUAUUCUGUUCAUUGGUUCGCUGCGAGGCACAAUCAAAUUUUGGAUAGACCUAGUGUAGUCUGUUUGGGUGAUAAGAUGUUUAAGACUUGCCCUGUGGCGCAUGCUUGUUGGAGUCCUCAUAUAUUGGAGGAGAGCUUGGUUUUGUUGGAGAGUGGCCAUUUGUUUUUGUUUGAUUUGGAGUGUUUUGGCUUCGGUGCUGGUUUCAAGGGGACAAGGUUGAAGGUGCCUUGGAAUGAUUCUUCAAAGAGUAAGGUGUGGCUGAGUUGUGAGUUUAGUUGGCACCCCAGGAUUUUGGUUGUUGCGCAUUCGGAUUCUGUUUUCUUGGUUGAUUUGAGGCUGAAAGAGUGUAGUGUGAAUUGUUUGAUGAAGAUCGAGACGCUGCGAAUGUAUGCUCCGGAUGAGAAUGAGCGGUUUCUUUCUUUGUCAAGGGCUGCUCCGGACAAUUUUUACUUUGCUGUGGCUUCUACUAGUGUUUUGCUUCUAUGUGAUGUGAGGAAGCCUUUGGUGCCGGUUUUGCAAUGGGUGCAUGGGAUUGAAGGGCCUAGCUUUAUGUCUGUAUUAAGGUUGUCUGAUUUGAGAUCCCACUCGAAGGAGGAUGAUUUUAAGGUGGCUUCUGAAUCUGGGUUUUGUAUUAUGUUGGGAUCCAUUUGGAAUUGUGAGUUCAAUAUCUUCUGCUAUGGGUCUAUAUUACCAUUUCGCAAAGGAUCUGUUACUUCAAAGAUUAACCCAGCCAUUUGUGCUUGGGAGCUUCCACUUGAGAUUAAUUUGUCUGGUCAUGAGUGUCACUGUGGAAGUUGUCUCUUAAGGAAAGAGUUCUCGAAGGAUGCGCUUCCUGAGUGGACUGAUUGGCAGCAAAAGAAAGAGAUAGUUUUGGGAUUUGGCAUUUUAAGCAAUAAACUUGCUGCAUUACUCACUGAACCUGAUGAAAAUGGGGGUUUUACACUGAUAAGGCUUACUUCAUCGGGAAAGUUUGAAUUGCAGAGAUAUCAUGCCUCUUGGGCUCCGGCCAGAAACUUAGAAGCUUGCCCCGAUCAAGUAUUGUGUUUGAAUAGACACUUACUAUAUUCCAUGAGUGAUGAGGAUUACAAAUUUCCAAAAAAUUAUAACUACUUAAAAUUGGAUUACCUUUACUCAUAUGCAUGUGGUGGACUCACUCGAUUCUUGGUUAGAAAACUAAAAAGAAACUUUAAGGAUGCUCAUGACAAAGAACUUAGCGCAGAAGUGCAUGAGUUAUUGUGUGAGAAAUUAAAUGCCUGUGGAUUUGGUCAAUUAAGAUCCUGUCCUGAAGUUACUUCUGUUUUUAAUGAUGUCAAGCUACCAGCAAGCUUACAUGAGGUUGCUUGGAGAAGAAUGUGGGCUGACUUACCUAUGGAACUGUUGCAGUUGGCGUUUUUGAGUCGUGCUGAAUGCCAUAAAGUUGUUGGAAACCUGGAUCACAAUAGGGUGGCAUUGGAAUCUUUAGCUGUUCCCGAACUUCCUCAAUUGCCUCCAUUCUUUUUAAGGAAAUCAUCACCGCACGACAAUAAUGAUAUUGUGGGUCCAGUUAUUCCUUUUCCUGUUCUUCUUGUGCUUAAUAAAUAUCGCAAUGGGUGCUCAAACUUUGAAGAAGGUGAAUUUUCAGUUGAAACAGAGCUUAGCCUCAAAUACAAAGAAGUUAUGCAGGUGGCUGGCGAGAUUUCUGUCUCAGCUUAUGGGCCUACACAUCUUGAUGAUCAUGCAGUCUCCCUUGCUGAGGAUAGAGACGAAACCUGGGUUGGAUAUUCGAAACCAAAGUCUUUUUUGUUAUACCGUCUAGUUUCAUUCAACUCGUCUGCAGCCGACCAUGUAGGUGAAAAGUCUGUUUAUGGUGACGCAAAUUAUGAUACAUUAAUUUCUCGUAUCCCAGAGAAGAAGUCCACUGAGCAGACUGAAUCUGUUGGCCAAGAGAUAUUUGAUGAUCUUUCCCCUGUUGAAUUGAGAUUUGAUGCUCCUGCGAAGAAGCUUGAACCUCUAGGUUUAAAGGCAUAUGAUCUAUUGAAGAGACAGAUGUCUAAAUGGCAACAAAGUUUUGAUUCGUAUAAGGAAUUUUGUAGUCAAUCUAGAUUUGAAAAAAAAUAGUUAACGGGUGAUCCCUCCUUUGUUCAUCGUCUUCCCCUUAAAAUGUGGUUAUCUUAGAAGCAAAUGGAUCCCCUCCUCUUCCUAUAUGUUGCUUUUGGUUGAUUCUUGGAGACAGGUAUGGUUGGUGUAAUUUUAUGUAAGUAAUUGACAAUUAAAGAUGGUAGAAUUGAAGAAGCUACUCCUGGUGAAAAGAGGAUGUUGUCAAUUUGAAGAGGAAGUAGGCAGCUAGUUCUCAAAAACUGUAAUCUAUUUGGCCGAUUUUUAUACUGCUUCCUCCCAUCAUUCUUAGUCUGUAUAGGGGAAGAUGAUCUCUUCUUUUGUGGCUGGUUUACUUAGUGAACCUAAAAGGAGUUUAUCCUCUGCUUCCCUUCCCCUCAAGAUGAUUCAGGAAUUGACAGAAGUACAGUCUAUCAAUUAUUUAUUGCUCAUACAAGAAUGAUAUUCUAUCGAAGCAACAUCGGUAUAGAUUUAAAUCCUGUCUGUGUGAAUCUGAUAUCCACUCUUUGUGAUACAAGGCUCAUUAAAACAAGAAAGCAACGAGGUACCCAUCUUUCAAGAUAACAUCAAAUCCUUUUCUAAAAGGUGUCAUAAGGGAGAAAGAAAUAGGCAAUAUCCAGUGCUUUAUGCAUCUAAACACCUUUUCAGGACGUGGAUACAGAGAUCUUCCCCAAUGUCUAUGUAGUCUUUCCAUGAGUCCUUGCUGAUUAUGAGAGUGGAAAUCUUGUUUUGUCCAAUCCAAAAGCAAUUCACAGGCUUGAUAAACCAGUGCACUGCCAGACUCCUGAGGGUGAAGAUCAGUUUAGAAAAUGGCUGGGGAUGCUGCCUUACCUCCAUGGGCCAAAGGUAGCCCUCGAGAGUUCAUCAGUAAGCAUUGGGAAGCUUGUGAACCAGACUUUCUCAGAAAAUUUGCAUCACUGGAUAGACCUUAUUUUUGGAUACAAGCAAAGAGUGAAGAAAGAUACAUUGAAAUCCUUGGCAGAAUCUUCAUGCAGAACACAUGCAAAUUUACAUGGAGGUAAAAGAAAGCUUCAGUUGCAAGAGUUGGAGGAAAUGAGGAUGACUGCUUAUGAUUCUUCAAGAAAAUAUAAAGAAAAGGUCAAGAUGUACCAUGAUAAGAAGCUGAUAAAGAGAGAUUUUCAACCUGGACAACAUGUAUUGUUGUUCAAUUCUAGAUUCAAACUGUUUCCAGGCUAAUUGAAUGAUUUGAAAGAAGAAUUGAAGUACCGAAUGAUUGAAGUGCUGAAAAGUCAACCAAAAACCAGAAAAGUCAACCAGUCAACCAAUCAACCAGAAUGCAGAAAAAGUGUGACCGAGUGGCGCUGAGCGGUAAAAUACCGCUGAGCGGCACUUUUCAGGUGCCAAAAUCACCGCUGAGGGGCAAAAACAGCAGCUGGGGGCAAAAUGGAUCAUGCGAUUUUACCGCUCAGCGGUAAAAUACCGCUGAGCGCCAUUCUAAGUGGGCUUGGACCGGUUUUCUUUUGUUUUUAUGGGCUUGGACUUGUCUUAUGUUAUUUAUAUGCCCUAUUUAAGGACUUGCACGUCCUAGGGUUUGUAUCUUUGGCUGGGACGAAGCAAACACUCUCUCUUCCACCCCUUUGAAGGAGGAUCUUGGAUGCUCAGGCUACCUCUUCACCUUUCUAGGGUUUUAUCUUUCAUUCUUUCAUUAUUAUUCAUCUAGUUUCACCAUGAAUAUGGUGAACUAAACCUUGUAUUGUUGUAGGGGAAUCAAUGUAGUCUUGUGAAACUCUCAUAUAUGGAAUUUGUUUUUACAUCUUAUAUUUAAGACCUAUGCUUUCUUUCAUCAUUAGUUAGGGUUUUUCCUCUUUGCUCAAUGCUUGCUUUGUUUAACUCAUUCAAUGCAUGAUUAUUGAUUUUGUCGAUACGGGAACGUACGGGGAAGUCUAGAUCCGGGGAAUUUCUCCCAAUAUUAUAUUGGUUGCCGUUAAGCUCCUGCACUAAAAGAACUAAUUAUUAGGAAUGCUAGGAAUCGUAUGAACUCGUAAUUAGGGAUAGGCCUUCUUGCAAGGUAAUUUAGAGAGUGUCAUUAACAAUGAUGAAAAGAAUGUUGAAUUCCUAAAGUAUAUGAGAGUGGAUAAGAUGAAAUUGAUAACCCCAACAACAUAUUCAUCCAUAUAUUCCAUUGAAGUGUUUGUAUUUUGUUUUAGCCAUUGAUCAAAUUCAUGCAUACAUGUUUAUUUUCUGUUUUGCAUAUUAAACUCCACUUAUUUCGUUCUUAAGUCUUAAAUAAUCAACGAAUCACAUAACUAAACUAGGCCGUGAGUCCUUUGGGAGAACGAUACUUGGUCUUACCGAGUUUAUUACUUGAAACGAUUCGGUCACACUUGUCGAUUGUUAAACAAGUUUGUGGCGCCGUAUUUCGGUGUUCAUAAAUUUGUCAUCAACUUCCAAGCGUAAUUGUUAAAAUAAUUAAUUGUGGUGAACAUAAUGAGGGUGAGAAUUCCUUUGACCAUUAGGCAGAAUACUAAGUUAUGCUCUUGAUGUGAACUAAUAUUAUUUGAACUAUUAAAUUCUUAAUAAUUUGUUUAAAUUUUCAAGUACAACUAUUAAAAAUGCUGAAGCAUAACAUUAUUUGUUCACUUGAAUGUGAUACAUGCUGAUUUAUAUUUGAUCUGUUGAUU